CACCAAAAGGAGGCAACACCUCAAUAGAAUUCAUUACAUCACCAGAAUGGUACAAUAAAAACAGAGAUGCACUUAAGAACAAGAGAAUACUAUAUGUAGAACAGCUCCUCAACACAAAUUUAACCAGAAUGCUCACAUGGCAACAGCUCAAGGGAACAAUAGGAAGACAAGGACAAACCCCCAAAUG